UAUCGAAUAUGUCGAGAUUUGUAAUUGUAAUCAAGAAGAAUGGUCCUUCUUCCUGCUUGCUCUCCUCUGCGUCCUUUUGCAUCUGUUAUCAUUGGCAAUUUUCUGCUUCUCAACUUCUACGAUGCUUAGCAUUCCUAAUAAAAUAGUAUUGAAGUUCUUAUUGUUUCAGCAUUUCUUACAAUAAUUCAUCAAAAAAAAAAUUGUGACAGUGCAUUCGGUAGUUCCUCGUAUAUAAUUUAUUCUAUACUUAGUCCCACUCGCUUGUAGAACAACCCGGUUCAAUCAGUUCUAUUUUAAUAAAUCACUUAGCCGAGUCGUCGGUAUUUUAAUUUUGCUUCUUUAGUGCGUCGAUGUGGUACGAUCGGUUUUGGGCGAGUACCGAGCCUUGUUCUAUGCUACCGAGUACCCACAUCAAAGCAAUGGCCUCUGUUGGUGUUCUUUACCUGUGGUUCUUGUAAACCAUCUCAUCUACAAACAUAUGGUUAAUUUGGAUUAAUUUUUAAAUGGUUUAACGCAAGUUUUGCAGUUGAUGCAUGGUGUUUCUGGUUAAAAAAGUAUCAAGCCAAUUAAAAUGGAGAUAGCAGGGAUUCGCUUCGCACCUCUAAAAAUUCCCAUGGACCGGCGAUUGCAAACUUUUGCAGCUGGAACUGGAUUUGUUUGGCUGAUCUUUGGAGGUUUAAUCAGUCUACUUUUCUCGGUGUAUCUUCUCCUUUUCACCAGAUAUUGGCACGUUACUCUUUUAUAUCUGUUGUGGUUUGUGUUCUGGGACAAAGAUACUAGCCAGCAAGGUGGAAGGCCUUGGCAUUGGGUAAGAAGUUGGAGGUGGUGGAAAUACAUGAAAGAAUAUUUUCCAGUCACUCUUGAAAGAUUACCAUGGGUGGAUUUGGAUCCCGGGAAGAACUACUUGUUCUGCUGCUUUCCUCAUGGAAUGCUAUCUUUAGGGGUAUUCUGUAGUUUCGCUACAGACUAUGGAGAUUUCAAAACAUACUUUCCUCAUCACACACCCCACGUGGUUACACUAUCUCAGCACUACAUCAUGCCCUUUUUUAGGGAGAUGGGUUUAGCAUUAGGUGGAAUUUCUGCCGAAGCGAAUGCCAUCAAUUACAUUCUGAAAUACCCGGAAGGAGGACACGUUUGUGUUUUGAUGCCUGGAGGUGCACAGGAGAGCUACUAUUGCAAACCUGGACAAUACAAAAUUAUCCUACACAAGAGGAAAGGCUUUAUCAAGUUAGCCCUUAAGAAUGGAACUGCAUUGGUUCCAGUUCUAUCGUUUGGUGAAACUGAUACUUUUGAUCAAGUUGAAGGGAAUACAUUGAGAAAAAUUCAGGAAAAUAUCCGGAAAUGGAUCGGCCUUGCCCCGGUGGUUCCAGUUGGCCGAGGAUUUUUCCAGUACACAUUUGGUUUGGUGCCUAGAAGAAAGCCGAUUCGGGUUGUUGUUGGUCAACCAAUGGAAGUUCCAAAACUCGAAAAUCCCACUCCAGACGAAAUUGAGGAAUACCAUACCAAAUUCGUAGAACAUUUGCAGCGCAUGUUUGAGGAACAGAAAUAUAACUAUUUGCAAAAUGCCGAAGACACAAAGUUGGUGAUUGCAUGAACUUGCGGUUCAUUUGGCUCAGUAAUCAUAUCAUGAUGCGAAAUAGUACAAAAAAUGUCGUACCUAAAGUAAUAGAAUUAUUGGAAGUUCUGUUGUGUGCUGAUAUUGUUAGCAUGAUGUAGGAAGUUUUAAAAUAUGUACAAGUCGAAUAAUUAUUAAGAUAUUUAAACCUUUAUUUGGAUGUUUUAUUUAUAUUGGCAAUAACUUUUGUUAUAAUGAAGAACAUUUUUAUUUAAUGUGUGUGCAAGCAGUUAUAAGCCAAAACCGUGAAAAUUGAUGCUAAUUUUCAAGACAGUUCAGGGAGCCAGAAGCAAAAAAACUUAAUUACACGUUCUAUAAAAAAUGAGCUAAUAUUCAUUGUUGGAAAAUUGGAAAGAAGAUAUUCAUUCUAUGGUCAUAUAUUGACAUAUUUUCUCAUGUUUAAACUGUAUUGCUGAUUAUUUCUAAACUAUUACAAACACGUUUAAACUAUUUUACUGCUGACUCCCUGAAAUUUAAAUUAAAAAAAGAAAACUCUUUUAUUAAAUAUUUAGUGUCCCAUAUCAGAAAAGUGCUACUUCUGAAAUACCUACUGUUUGUAAGCGUUACUCAAGUUCAAAACCCAAAAAAGUCCAUAGUUUACCAGUAAAAAUAUAUAGUGUUUGUUUUUCAACUUUCACGGCAGAUUCAGGUAAUUUGAACAUCAUAGAUUAGUUAAAUUAAAAAUAAUGGACCCGCAAUCUGUUUUUGUUUUGUCAUUUAAGAAAUUCUAAUUGCUUACAGUUGACGAUGUUUCUGUUAUAUUCGUAUUAGAAUUACGCGUAAAUACAGGUGCCUUUAUUGCAUCAUAAUAAGUAUUUUCCAGUUUAGUAUUUUAAUAAAUGUUAAAAGUUU